GGCGUGGAGAGCAGAGCGAGCGGGAAGGAUCAGGUUUAUUGAUUUCAUUUUUAGUUAUCUCUCUAACAACAAAGACCUUUUGUGCCAUGAAUACAACUGUAAUUUAGUUCUAUAAAAUGAAAAUAAUGCAAGUCAAUUGUUACUCCCACAGUCUAGGUUAGGGGCGCAACAUAAAAAGUGUAGGUGUGAAUUCCCUCUCCCGUCCCAGCACCGACCAGACCAACAAAAUUUGUAUAAAAAACUUAACAUUUUUAUUUAAUAAACAGAAAAGAGAAGCAAUUCAGGUCUAUGGGAGGGGGCAGGCCAAAACAAACAAAGCACCGCAACCUAUUGAGGAAGGAAUAAAUAAAAAAAACCCUAACAAACCAAAAGCGCACAAUAACAACAAAAAUGUAACCCAGCUUCCUCCCUAACCAAGCACAGAAGAAAACGAAACAUUCAAAAGAAAUUGCUCCCGACUCCCUACUACAGCUUCCUUAUUUAAAGUUAAAGGGACGCCCAGAUUCUGCAUAGGACAGCGGACCUCAUGAACAGCACCCAGUCGUUCUCAUUGGCUUGACUCCAGUGCUGUGAUGGCUGAAGCGGGGGGUGUGGACUUAGGCCGCAAGUUUGUGUCAGAGUCGGAGAUCGAGGAGAAGAGGAAGAAGAGGCAGGAGGAGUGGGAGAAAGUCAGGAAACCUGAGGACCCCGAAGAGGCUCCAGAGGAGGAGUAUGACGCCAGGUCUCUGUUUGAGCGACUUCAGGAGCAGAAAGACAAGAAGCAGGAAGAGUAUGAGGAGCAGUUCAAAUUCAAAAACAUGGUGAAGGGUCUGGACGAGGAUGAGAGCCACUUCCUGGACGAGGUCUCCAGGCAGCAGUCUCUGGUGGAGAAGCAGCGGAGGGACGAGGAGAUGCAGGAGCUGAAGGAGUACAGAAACGCCCGGAGCAGGCUCACGGCCCACAGCGAGAGCCGGAAGGAGCCGGAAAAGCGGGCGGCCCCCAAACCGACCGAACACAAGAGCCACCUGUCCCAGGCUCACCUGCUCGCCGGGGCGGUGAAAAGACGCAGCUCCUCACAGUCGUCAGACAGCUCCAAGAAACAGAAGCAGGAGGGGACCGAGGUGAUCGUUACCCGAACAGAGCAGGAGGCGAGUGAAGGCGAGAGCAGGCGCCCCGUCUCUGCGGGCGCCGCCCGGCCGGGCGUGGUCCACCUGCCGUCGGCCGCCGUCUGCGUGGGCAUACUGCCGGGGCUGGGAGCCUACUCCGGCAGCAGCGACUCCGAAUCCAGCAGCGACAGCGAAGUUUAACCCUCAGCAGCCCAGCCUCCAGCACGCAGUGCCCCGCCCCCUCCUUCUGCUCAGCCAAUGAGCGAAGGGAAGACAUGGGAGCGGAGGACCAAAGGAUGACACCUCCCCCCUUCACAGAAAGACCUCGUCUUGCGCAGCACCAGAAGAUGCUGCGCAAGGAAUUGCUGCAAAAUGUUCUCUACUUUGGUUUUAUUUUUAUUUUGUUGGUGUUUUUGUUAAAACUGGGGGAAGAGAGUGUUUUGUUAGGCGAAUUUUAUCUUCUUUCUUCAAGAGUGUUCUCUCUGUGUGUGUGUGAUGUGGAAAUUUUAUGCAAGUCAAGUUUGUGGUGGGGGGAGCUGAAUAAAAGGAACAGUUUUCAGAGUG